AUGAAAGAAAAAAGGAAAAACGUCAGGGAGGAGGUGAUAUUUCCGGCUUCUCACUCCAGUAAUAAUCAACAUUUUAUAAGUUUUAAUUCAGUCCCUGUGCAGAUUGAGCUAGAACUUCGGUGUCUGUAUUUGGUAUUAAAGUGGAGCCAACAGAGUUCAGCGGAACAGCCAACAUAACAGUCAGAGACCGAAGCUUUUGGUCUAGACCAAGACAUGCCGCUUGGCGACAGAGUUUCUCUAUGAUUGGUCUCGCAGCUUGAAACAAUCGUUUCGCAUUUAUUGGUUUGAUGACCACAAGCUGUGUCUGGAAGCCUGAAACUCAUCCACAUCCUCAUUACGUUCCAGGGAAACGGGGGAGGGAGCAUCGGGGGAGAAAGAGGCAGGGAGGAGCUGGACUGAUAGAGGAGAGGGAAAUCAGGAGAGGGAGAGGAGGCGGAAGAGGAGGAGGAGGAGACAGCGAGCUGGGCUCAUGAGUGACGGAGGCAACGGUGGAAGAGCAAGCCAUCUGGAGUUUGAUGCGGUGAUAACCAUUGCAGACGUGCAGUAGGCAGCAUGUCAAAUUCACAUACAAGUAGUAUGACCUGGUUACCGGGGACAGAGUGUCUAGCGAGGUUUGAAUUCAAAGGAACAACAGCUGAUGACCUAUCCUUCAGGAAGGGGGAUGUUAUCACUAUCAUCAAAGCAACAAAGGAUCCUAAUUGGUACAAGGCUAGAAAUGAACAAGGUCUUGAAGGAAUGAUACCAGCUAACUAUGUCAAGAAAAGAGAAGGAGUCAAACUACAAACCAUGCCAUGGUUCCAUGGUAAGAUCACAAGGGAACAAGCAGAAGACCUUCUGCAGCCUCGGGAAGACGGCCUGUUCUUGGUGCGCGAGAGCACAAAUUACCCCGGCGACUACACACUUUGUGUGUGUUUCAUGAGGAAGGUUGAACAUUACAGGGUUAUCUAUGAGAAGAACAAACUCACCAUCGAUAGCGAAGAGUUCUUUGAAAACCUUACAAAACUUGUAGAGCAUUACCAAAGUGAAGCAGAUGGCUUGUGUGCUAGGCUGACCAAAUCAAUACCAAAGAAAGGAGGACAACUCAACCUGUCUGUCGACUCAAAUGCGUUUAUACAGAGUGGCUGGGCCAUCAACAACAAAGAUAUCCAGUUAGGGUCAUGUAUUGGUGCUGGAAAUUUUGGUGAUGUACUACAAGGGACAUACCAAGGAAGGAAAGUAGCCAUCAAGCAAGUCAAAGACAACAGUACAGCUGCACAAGCAUUCCUGGCAGAAGCCUCCGUCAUGACGACGUUAAAACAUCCCAACCUGGUUCAGCUUUUAGGGGUAGUGUUAGGCAAUCCUCUCUACAUCGUCCUUGAGUUCAUGUCAAAGGGUAAUCUUGUGGACUAUCUGAGGUCGAGAGGGAGAAAUAUUAUCACUCCAAGACAUCUACUCAAAUUUGCCAGUGAUGUGUGCAAUGGUAUGGCUUACCUUGAAGAGAAGAAAUUUGUUCAUCGAGACCUUGCGGCGAGGAAUAUCCUAGUCUCGGAACAGGAUAUAGCCAAGGUAUCUGACUUUGGUCUUUCACAAGAGGCUACACUCAAUCAAGAAGGAGGCAAGUUCCCCAUCAAGUGGACUGCACCAGAGGCUCUUAGAAAAAAGGAAUUUUCUUCCAUGUCUGAUGUAUGGAGUUAUGGAAUCUUUAUGUGGGAGCUCUACUCUUUUGGAAGAGUGCCAUAUCCUCGUGUGCCAUUAUCGGAGGUCGUUGCCCAUGUUGAGAAGGGCUACAGGAUGGAAUCGCCAGAAGGUUGCCCAGACUAUGUAUACAUGGUAAUGAAGGAUUGUUGGGACAUCACUCCAAAGAAGAGACCGACCUUCAGGCACAUACGCUCUCAACUCAACCAUUUCAUGUCACGAUGAGAUUAUCAUCUAGCUGAAAAAGAAAUGGACAAUUCAUGGAAAUGUACUUAUUAUACUUCUCCUGAAAAACUUUCUUUCCUAGCUUUGUUUUGAAUGUACAGUAAGCACAUCACAUUUACAACUCACCUAUUUCAUGUCAUGAAGAGAAAAUGACUUUUUUAUGUACUUGCUUCUCCCACUUUUAUUCCCUAGCUUUGUUUUUUAACCUCCACUAAGGUCAUCACACUCACAACUCAAACAUUUUAUGUCGUGAUGAGAUCAUCGUAUUAGCAGGGAAAGAAAAAGAAACUUUUGGAAUGCGCUUGCUUCUCCUGUAAUACUUUAAUUUCCUUAGUCUUUAAUCUACACUAAGAAAAUUACAUGCACAAGUUGGCCGUUUCAUGUCACAAUUAGAUUGCCAUUUAGCAGAGAAAGAAAUUGGCAAUUGGAACAUGGAAUGCACGUUAUCCUUAUGAUACUUCUCAUAAAUGCUUUUUUUUCAUAGUGUUGUUUUUAAUCUACACUAAGCACAUUCACAACUCGACCACUUCAUGUCGCGAUGGGAUUGUCAUUUAGCAGAGAAAGAAGAGGACAAUUCAUGAAAAUGUACUUCUGAUACUUCUCCGAAUGCUUUUGUUUUGUAGCAUUGUUUCUUGUCUACAUGUUGAUGUGCACGCAAACACAUUAUAUUCACAACUCAACCAUUUCAUGUCACAGUGAGAUCGUCAUAUACAUGUAGCACAGAAACAAAUGGACCAUUCAUGGAAUCUACUUUGCUUCUCUCGAAACGUUUGUUUCUUUGGCUUUGAUUUUUAAUCUUUUCUGAAGAUUUUCCUAGAACAGAAGGAAAAGGACGAUUCAAUGACUGAACUUAUGAUGCUUCUCACACAACACUUUACUUUUAUUUCUCUGGAUUUCUUCACUCAAGUACAUAGUUACCAUCUCAACUCGACUGAUUCAUUCCUUGAUGAUUUGAGUUCAUCAUAUAGAAAAAGAGAUGGGCAGUUUCAUGGAACGUACAGUUAUGUACUUAAGAUGAUGAUUCUGAAAUAGUUUUUUUUUCUCCUAGUUUUGUUUAUUUUUUUCAUUCUAGUGCAUAUUGAGCUUUCAAAUCCACAUCUGCAUGUCUGAAUGAGGAUGAAGUUUGCAGGAACGUUUUAUGAGCACUUAAUCUGUCUUUUAUGUACAGAGUGAUUGAAUACGUGAAUCGAGAGCGAUAUGCUGAUACUCAAAAUCGCAAAAUGUGUGUGGUAAAUGUGCGAAGCUUCAAACUGGAGACAGCAUUUUCAAACAGAGCAUGACUCUCUGCUUGAAUACACAACGAGGCUAUAUGAAUUGCAAUGUGGUGAAAAUAAAGGAGAAGAGUUUUCUCUUGGGAAAUAAAAUUUUCUCCUAUUGACAUUGCCAAAUUGCUGCACACUCCAUACAUGUUUGAAACAACUAUUUUUUCUAUAGCUAGCUGAAAGCAUUUCUUGUAUGAAAUUUGUUGUUCAUGUUUGAUUUAACUCAGAAUUGAAAUUAUGAAAGUGACCUCCGAAACUUUUCAUUUGAAAGUCUAUGGGCAUUUUGAAUUGGUCAGUCACUUGUAUUAUUUCUAGGAUGGCUGUGUAUACACUUGGCAUUGUGUUCUGGAAUUAAUAUUAAUUAAUCACUGUUUGACCAAGUAGUCAUGAACUUGGGUAGUGAAAGCUGAAUGGAAAGCUUAAUAUUUUCAUCUAAGCGCAAUCCAAUUCUCAAAGUGAAUUUGAAGUCAGAAUUCAUUAAAACACCUCAGCGUUCUAUGCACUUUAAUAUGAAGAUAGGCCUACCGAUUCAAUUCUAAGUUAGUUACCUUAAAGAUGUUAUUAAUAAGUCUUACUCUUCAUUCCGUUCAAACUCUUUGCAGUUCAGUUUAUAUAUUGUAAGAAUGGCAUUUUAGAAUAUAUGUUGCGUAGAAGAAAGUAUAUUCAGCUAGUCUAUUUUAGUGGUUCAGCUUUUGCCAAAGUUUGAUCAGAAUGACCAACUUUUCUUUUCCAUGUUUUCAUAUGUAUUUAUUUUCAUUUUGUAUCUAUGCAACAAAUUGGUAUCUGAAGAGGAAACUAUUGUACCGAGUGUAUCUCCCUUCCCCUAAAAAAAAAAGAAGAAUAAAUUUCAUAUUGUUUUAUGAGCAAAAAUAUUAGAUGAGUGAUGAUCACACAAAGAGUGCACCAAUUGAUUGACACAUUGAUUACAUUUCAAGGACCGUGUAUCUCUGGACACCAUCGUUCUGAAAAAGAAAACCCUGCAAAAUUGCACUGGAUCACUUGCAUGCUAAAACACAUCAGACUCAACUGAUAAAUCAAAAUGAAAGAAACAAUAACAGGAAAAUCUCAGAAUUUGUCCCAAUAUCAUGUUUUGCAAGAAUAACGUUUAACCCUAACAUGCGAUAUUAUUUCGCUAAUUCACACAAUAUACAGUAAUUCAAUUAUGAUGAAUUUAUCUACAAUCCAGAAACAUUGAACAUAAUACUUUCAUAAUGUUAAUAAGGCACUUUUGAUAGGCACACACAUGUGUAGUUAAAGUGAACCACCAGCCAUUUUACUUUUUUUUAAUAGAAAAAUGCUGUUCAGUGAUACAUGGUCAUAGAAACUUAAUUAAAUAAGCUUGCAUGUUCUUCAUUGAUAUAACUUUUCUCAAUAUAACGUAUCUAGGCCUAUUUCAUGAAAGUUUACAACUAUGGUAACUUUGCUAGUUUUGUAACUCCCAAAAUGAUUGAAAACUUGAUUCUGAUUGGCUGCUGAGUCCUGUUACCAUGGUAGUUUAAUAAUGGCAAACUUACCAGAGUUGUAACUCUUUAUGAAAUGGGCUCCUUUUAUAUUUCUUACGAAAAUGUAACUUUUUUUUGGGGGGGGGGGAGUCUAUAUAUUGUUUCCACUCAGUACAAACAAAAUGGACCUUGUUAAGUAGAGGCUAUUGCGAAUUAUUUCUGUUGUUCAUUCUCUCUCUGUAGUCUCAAUGGUGUUGGGUAUAAUAUAUACUGUUCGCAAACUUGCCAGUAGAAAACGUGUAGUUCCGUGCAUUAAUUUGAAUGUAUUUUCAAGGAUUUUCUUUGGUCUCUUUUAUAUGUAUUUAUUUGCAUCACAAAGUCUCAAAAAAUGAUAAGAUAUCAUGUAAAAGUUGAAAGCUCAAAACAAUUCUUUCAUGUCUCCAAGUCGUUUUUCUGCAUUAUAUAUCUUCAUUAAUAAGAUGCUUGUGUAGUCACAUGAGCAGUCACAUGUUCAGUCACAUGUUCAAUUCAUGUAUUUUAGAAAGUAUAGACACCUUGUGACUGUACUCUAUUUUAGGGGAAGUAAUAUGUUUUACACAUAGUUUUGUACCAGAUAGUAUAUAAUUAUCAGUGAGUAAUACACAUACACAGGAUGUCUGUAACGUUGUUUCGGUGUGAUGUUGUACAUAAGGAGAGAAUUAUGCCUUUACGCUUGGAAGAUUAAAUGUAAAAAUGCUGGCAUUUUUAUAAGUUAUUAUGUACAAUGUAUGUAUCAAGAUGUAGAAUAAAAGGUUAAUUGUGUCCAUGUAUGUAGCAUAAUUUCAUGUAUAAUGCUAACCCUUGUUUACUAAUCGCUGUACCAUUGCAAUUGUGUACUCUGUAUAUUUCUAAGUGUUAUAUAGUUAU